AUGGCUUUGUUCUCGGACAGCUCGCGCACCACGGGGGCUUACUACUGCCUCAUCCGGCGGAGGUUCAAGAGGAGGCGGAAGAAACGCUCCGAACGCAAAGGAGUCAUCAGCAAAGCCAUGACAGAAGGUCGAGCCGGGGCGCGGCCACCUCGUAACCAGCAGAGGCUGCUCACCAUAGACGGAGUUGAAGAGGAAACCAUGAGUUCAUGCAGCACUGAUGUUAAGGAAAACCGCAACUUGGACAACCUCUUCUCCAAAGAGGGGGCGGCAGCUGAGGCCACUCAGCUCCCCAACGGGAGUGCUGGGGGUGGGAGGAAGCGCCCCUUAGAGGAGGGCAAUAAUGGGCAUGCACAUUCCAAGUACAGGCCCAAGAAGCGUAAGAAAAUCCCCGGGCCCAUUCUGCCAAAGAAUGCUCUCAUGCAGCUGAAUGAGAUCAAGCCCGGGCUGCAGUACAAGCUGCUCUCGCAGACCGGGCCUGUCCACGCACCCGUCUUUGUGAUGACUGUGGAGGUCAACGGGCAGCUGUUUGAGGGCUCGGGCCCGACCAAGAAGAAGGCCAAGCUGAAUGCUGCGGAGAAGGCUCUGCGCUCUUUUGUCCAGUUCCCCAACGCAUCCGAAGCCCACUUGGCCAUGGGUCGGACGCUGUCUGUCCACACAGAUUUCACCUCCGACCAGGCCGACUUCCCGGACAUGCUCUUUAAUGGCUUCGAAACGUCCCCUCCAGCAGACGACCCCUUUUACUUUGUUUCCAACAGCAACGGCUCGUUGGAAAUAGAGUGCCCGUUGCUAGCCUCCCCCGUCUCCAGUUGCCUGGUCCAGGCACCACUACCUCCACCCCCAUCUACCUUCAUCUCCCCCAUGAGCGGGAAGAACCCUGUCAUGAUCCUCAAUGAGCUCCGCCCAGGCCUCAAGUACGAUUUUGUGUCUGAGAGCGGUGAGAGCCACGCCAAGAACUUUGUCAUGUCGGUGACUGUAGACACAAAGAACUUCCAGGGAUCUGGGAGGAACAAGAAGCUGGCCAAGGCCCGCGCCGCCCAGGCUGCUCUCUCUGCUCUCUUUAACAUGCAGCUGGAUCAGGCGCCGUCGAGGCAGCCCAUCCCGAGAGAAGGACUGCAGCUUCACUUACCGCAGGUUCUUGCGGACGCCGUCUCCCGUGUCGUCGUGGACAAGUUUAGUGAGUUGACGGACAACUUCACAUCCCCGCAGGCGAGAAGAAAAGUCCUGGCUGGUGUCGUGAUGACAACAGGCACUGAUGUGAAGGAGGCCCAGGUUAUCUGUGUAUCCACGGGGACGAAGUGCAUAAACGGCGAGUACAUGAGCGACCGUGGCCUGGCGCUCAAUGACUGCCACGCCGAGAUUGUGGCCCGCCGCUCGCUCAUUAGGUACCUUUAUUCCCAGCUGGAGCACUUCCUCAGUAACAACAAAGAGGACCAUCAGACGUCAGUCUUCACCAGGUGUGACAACAAAGCUGGAUUUAAACUGAAGGAAAACGUCCAGUUCCACCUCUACAUCAGCACAUCGCCAUGUGGGGAUGCCCGCAUCUUCUCACCACAUGAAGCCGGAGUGGAGGACCAGGGAGACAGACAUCCAAACAGGAAGGCCCGUGGGCAGCUACGCACUAAAAUUGAGUCUGGGGAGGGAACGAUCCCAGUACGCUCCAGUAACACCAUUCAGACGUGGGACGGGGUUCUCCAGGGGGAGAGGCUGCUGACCAUGUCCUGCAGUGACAAAAUUGCCAGGUGGAACGUGGUGGGUUUCCAGGGCUCUCUAAUGAGCUACUUCACUGAGCCUAUCUACUUCUCCAGCAUCAUCCUGGGCAGCCUCUACCACUCCGACCACCUCUCCCGGGCCAUGUACCAGAGGAUUACAGAGAUUGAGGACUUGCCGCAGUCAUUCACCUUGAACCGACCACUUCUCAGCGGAAUAAGCAACGCAGAGGCUCGCCAGCCAGGGAAAGCGCCAAACUUCAGCGUGAAUUGGACAUUGGGAGACCAAGGACUCGAGGUGAUCAACGCCACCACGGGAAAAGAUGAUCUGGGACGGCCCUCCAGACUCUGCAAACAUGCUCUCUAUAGCCGCUGGAUUCGCCUACACAGCAAGCUUUGCUCAACUCUGAGGAUCCAAACAGCCAAACCCAACUCAUACCAUGAGGCCAAGCAGGCAGCGGUAGAGUACCACUCAGCCAAGCAGGCGCUGAUAAAGGCUUUCCACAAGGCCGGACUGGGAGCCUGGGUGAAGAAACCAAUAGAGCAGGAUCAGUUUGCCCCCACAAACUGAGUCACUUCCUUUUUUCUUUUCUUUUUUUUUGCGGGGGGGGCCGUAUUUUAAAUACUCCAGUAUCAAACUGCUGGCUUCACCCUCCAGAACUGGAUUAACACCUUGGAACGACUCAAAUCUCCAGUAAUUACAGUUGUGGAAAUUUUUUUUCCUGAUACUAGAUUGUCUCGGAGAUGGUCUCUGAGUCUGGGAAUGUGUGUUACUGGGAAGAGAGGCACCAAAUGCAAACUAUACAGAAUUCAUGUUCCAUGA